AUGAGCGACUCUCCGCAGAUUCUCCGGCCGACGCCUAGACGACCCUUUGAACUUCCCUCCGCCGACUCCUCAGCGCCUUCCACUCCCUCCGGCGAACAGCAGGUCACCGAAGGUAUCGACCUGCUAGACCCCAAGAACAGCGAACUCGCAAACAAACGAUCUGGUUCACUGCUCAACCUCACCUCGUCCACGCUACUGGGCAUCUUUCAAUCGACCGCUUUUGAAGACUCGCGCGAAGACGAUAGUCCCUGGGAUACUCAAACGCUUAUACCGGUUGAGCCUCGUAGCGAUCUCCAGAAUGGACGACGAUUCUCGAUAGACGGACAAGCAGCAGUGAGACGACAUAGCCCCCGAACAGGGAGUGCGUAUUAUGUUCCGCUUGUGUUGAAGACGUCGCUUUUAUUUAUUUGUGGUGUCACCUACGGCACCAUCAUAGCGCAUCUACAUGAGAAUAAUUGGAUUGCUCCUGUGAAACUGGAGUACAUCGAUCGGAACUCGUAUGUUUAUUUACUUGCUUGGGGAAUUGCGGGUGUGGCUUUUGCAUUUGUUUUGCCUUGGCUUGAUAAACUUGGGGAUAAUGAUACUGCGGACCAAAAUAAGGAUGUUGAGAAUAAGCAGAGUACCGUGACUCUUGCGAUUCGCAGUAUUGGUGCUUUUGUUGGUAUUGCUUUUGCUAUGCGACGACUUCCAUGGGAAUCAGCCACACAGGAAUCUGUUACCCUCGCCCUGGUGAACCCUCUCCUCUGGUAUCUCAUCGACCGCACCCGAACUGGCUUCUGGCUCUCAACCGUUGUUGCAAUAGUCGGCAUGGGAAUCACACUCGGUCUUCACCCAGAACUCAUCCCAUCCUCCUCCUCAACCGUCGGCCUGGGCCUUCGCAACUGGCGCCUUGAAUAUGACAUUGAGGGAGGCAUAUCACAAGAUGCUACCGCCGUGGCCGUCUGGCUCGCGAGCGUGUUUUAUAGUGCUUGUGUCUGUUUUGGCAAUAUAGGGCGCCAGCUUACCCUGGAUGGCGGCAACGUUCAACAUGCGCAUAUAGAGAAGAAGAGGUGA